AUGGCUAAAGCCUGGGACAAAGACGAUGACCGUCCGUCCACGAACUCGUCCAACGAACAAUCUGAACACGCCACACACAACCGCUCCAGAUCCAUUGCUCACGCCAACAGCCCCAAGCGUCUGUCCGUCUUUAGCGGUCGUUCAAGAAGCAAUACAACCACCUCGACUUCUUCACGCCGCUCACCGGUUUCCUCCAUGAUCUCGACGGAUAGCUCAAUCGCCUCCGACGAGCGAGCCGGCUCGGCAUUGGGGCUCCGCUCCGAUAAGCAUGACAAGUCCUCCCGGUCUUUUUUGGCACGGGGAAGCCGCAUCUUGCGUCGAAGGGGUAGCAAGAUCAACGUCGUUUCCACGCUGGACGAGCAAGAUGAAGCCGAUCGCGAGAAGGCCCGGCCUGAGAGGGAGAUCUUUGGUCGUCGCGCCCGUCAUACCGAUCACAGCGAGCGCAAGAAAAGCAUCAUUUCUGAUCCUUUUGACUUCCACCACUUGACUCAUACCAACCCCUCGCAGUUCCAGGCUUUGGAUCAAACACGCGAGAACGAUCUCGUCACUGAGUUCUCGGCCAUCCGAGCAUCUCAACGGCCCCAAACCGGUCUUAAAGGUAUCCGCGCCGAGGACAUUCAUUUCCGGAAUUUCUGCAGCGAUCAACUGGGCUCAUUUGGAACUGCUACCACGGCAGAUGUGCCCAGCGUAAGCCCGCCGGCCUCUCCAAAAACAUGCAAGUUCCACACACGUGGAGAAUCUCGUGUCAAUGAAAACUUCUCGCGGCUGGUCUCCAGAUACCCCCGACCCUGUCCCACCACUCCCCCACCUCCUGCUGUGCCGGAGACUCCCCCGCCUGAGACUGGCGAGCCGGCACCCCGUGCCGUUGACGAGAUCCUGGGCUUGUCCACUGCGACGACGUACCCUGAGUAUGUCCAAUCAGCGCAGCAAACCCGGUUCUUCAGCCCCGAACCCGCAGAUGACCGCACCAGGACCUCCUCCAUUGGCAGUCACUAUGAUUUGGAAGAUGUCCCCGAGGAAGAGGAAGGAACCCGGUAUUGGGACAGCCCUGGAUCCAGCAUCGGACGCCCCGAUUCUCGCUCAACGUCUCAAAUCAGCCCACCUCCAGCCAAAAGCCAGCCACCCAGCAACAGCGAGCGCCAAGCUCCAAUUUCGACCCACGUGGCCGAGGAGCUCUCCAGGAAGUUCUCUGAAGUGUUGGGCUCGCCGACUCUUCCUCAACGCCUUCAGAACAAGGCCACCCCUCGCGCCCAGGUGGAGAUCACACCACCCGAGCCGAUCACCAGCCUGCACCGAUUUUCAUAUGAGGAUGAACUUUAUGACUCGUGGGAUGCAGACAUUGACUACUGCUAUGAGCACGCAGCCGAAUCCACCUCCAACUUCGAUUGGUCUCGCACAUCUCUGGACGAAAUACGCCCGCAGGUUGGUGUAGCCAGCAGCGAGGGCCCGUGGCGAGCCCCGAGAACCCGACAGCUCCAGCCGAGCCCACUGAGCACUUCCGCCCUACCGGCCCCAGAUCUGGAUCCCAGCCCAACCCAACCGAUGCCUUCCCACUCAGUCCCCACUCCCGCAACCGCAGAUUUCGAGCAGGGGUUCAUCGCGCGGGGCGCAGAUUAUUUCCAUCCCGUCAGUUCCUCGAUCCUUCCAACAUUGGGCAAACAAAUCUCCCACGAACCAUUGUACGAGGAGUACAUGAUGACUGAUGGCGAAUCAGAUCGCCACUUCCCCUUCCCACAGAGCACGAUGGGCUCCAUCUCCCCACGCAGCAGCUUCUCCCCAAUUAGCAAGUGCAACUCGCAAGAGAGCCUGAUGCUCUCUCGCGCAGCCUCCAUCGUGCGCAAGCACCGCUCCUCCGUCUCGACUACGAACAGCGUCCCGGAGCUCAUCCAUAGCUUGUCCAGCAGCCGCGAGCUCAUGCCAACGGACCGCAUGACAGCCGGCGAGGCAUUCACCCGCCCUACGUCAUCAUCCCACCACCGCCAGACCAAGAGUCUGGCCGGGGCACACUUCCUUCAGAAUGACAGCAGCACGAGUCUCGAGAGCGCGGAUUUCACCGCAUCGCUCCAUGACCAUACCAUGUCCAUUUCGGAGGUCGACCCCAAACCGACAAAAUUUGAAGCUCCUUUGCCUCCUAGAACCCACUACCGGAGGAAGGCUCGCUCGCCAUCUUACUCUCUCUUCCCAACAGCCUCUCACUGA